CAACAAAACGAACCUAACCAAUAAAUGUACACGUGGGCAAUGAAAAAUAUAAGUACACGUGUACCGAGAGAAUAUCAAAUUUAAAAUAAAAAACAGGUGAUAGCUGCCGAGUAAAAACCGUCGAGAUCGAAAUUUCGUUCAACCAAGGCUGAAGUUGAACCUCAACAGUGGAAAUAACAACACUCGGCAGUUUCAGAGAACGUUUUCUGACAGUAGAGACGGAUGAAGGGAAGUAACUUCCUGAAAAUCAUUAGCUUGGUCAAACAAGUGGUCAUAAGCCGGCAUAUAAGUUUGUCGACAAUGGCUAAGAGCAAAUUUGAAUACGUGAAGGAAUUCGAGCGCGACGAUAAUUGUUUACCAAAUUGUUGGAUUGUGGUUAGAAUAGACGGAAGAAAUUUUUCAAAGUUUUGUGAUGCACAUCAAUUUACCAAGCCAAACGAUGUAGCCGCUUUGGAAUUGAUGAAUCGGGCGGCUAUCACGGUUAUGGAAGAUUUCAAAGAAAUCAUUUUAGGCUUUGGUCAAAGCGACGAAUACUCUUUCGUUUUUCGAAAGGACACGCAACUUUAUAAAAGGAGAGCUUCCAAAUUGAUGUCAAAUGUAAACUCUCUUUUUGCAUCGUCGUAUGUUUAUCAUUGGCCUCGUUUCUUUAGAGGAAAAGAAUUAUAUUAUCCACCCUCCUUCGAUGCCCGUGUUGUUUUGUACCCAACAGAUAAAAAUUUAAGAGAUUACUUAGCAUGGCGACAAGCAGAUACUCACGUGAAUAAUUUGUAUAACACUUGUUUUUGGAGUCUUGUGUUGAAAGCAAAACUUACACCAAGUCAGGCAGAAGAAAAACUCAGGGGUACAUUGGCAUCACAUAAAAACGAGUUACUUUUUCAAGAGUUUGGUAUAAAUUAUAAUAACGAACCUCCACUUUUCCGAAAAGGUACUACACUUAUAAGGAAGUUAGUACCCGAUGGAACGGGUAGACUGAAGCCAGCAGUGGUUCCAUUGGUGGAUGACAUUAUCGCUGAUCGAUUUUGGAAAGAAAAUCCAGAAGUGAUUGGAUUAAAAAGUUUAGCAACUUAUCAACCUCCAAACUUAGUUAACAGUGCUAAUUUAGUUAAAAACACAAUGCCAACAACGACGCCACCAUCACCAACUACUAACAUAAAACACGUUAAUAGCAUUCCACCACCUUCGGUUGUUAAUAUUAACUCCAUGAAGGAUGAUGUUCAUCCUGUGAGAAGUAGAGAAUCAGAAGGAGAAAGAAUGCAGUGUGAAAGUGAACGAAUUGGUAGAAAAUAACCAGUGUUCUAUUUUUAUAUAAUAAUUCGAAGAAUAUCCUAACGGAAAAUAAUGAAAGUUUAUUUUCAGUGACUCAAAAAAUAUUUUAAUUUACUUUUACUUACAGCAGUGGUACUAUAAAACAUUAAUUAUCGGUGAAAGAAUUACAAAAUUAUAUUUCUGAUUGUCUUUGUCUUUCACUUAAAAUUCAUUUUUUAUCUUACUACUUUAAUAGAAGUUAUAUUUUUCAUAAAAUAAAUCGUAUAUAUGUAUGUCUGUACAUAGAUAUUAUAAAAAAUACUUUACAGAAAAAAAAUACAUAUACAUAUAUAUAUGACAAAUAUUUUUCGUUAGGAUUUUAUAUUUUAAAAUUCAAUCAAUUUUAUUUUCUAAUAGUAAGAAAUUGCAUCGAAUACUAUUAAAUUAUUUAUGAAUUUAAAGGCUGCACUAGCGUAAAUAUAAUAAGAUUUUUAUAAGGAAUCUUGUUCAUAAAUAUAAACAAUACAUACUGUAGAUGCUACAUUUCAUAUACUACAAAAAAUUCAUAAUCAUAUUUUGUAGUUAAAAACUAAACCAUUUGUAAUUAAUUUAGAUUAUAACAUUUUUAUAAUUUUGCAUGUAUGUGUUUAUAUAUUUAAUAAUAAGAACUUGAUUUGAUUACUAUUACAUGUACAAAUGAAACAAUUCGUUUGCCUUAUUAUUUAAAAAACAAAAUAUUUUAAUUUAAUUUUUUCUUUGUGUGUAUUAUACAGAUUUAAUCGAUAAACUGGCUGUGUUUCUUCAUUG